UUUAAGAUCCCCACACAACAACUCAAGAACUGAAAGUGCCUUAUUUGAAAAACGGAGAAUUAUGACUAGAUGUUCAGCGCCAAGAGAAAUUAGUGUCAGUGAAGAAACAACAGAGAAAAGCGGAAGAAAAAGCCCAAAAUCCCCGAUCGAGUGCAGAAAACUGUCCAAAGCGCCUCCGCUGUGCUGUAAAAAUGGCGAGGAGUGCAAGGUGGCUGGAAAUUGCGUCUGUAAACCACCCAAGCCGACUGGUCCAAACGAUGAGAAACCGACUAGCUCCCGAGAAACCUACGAUGUUUUCCUUGGUGGAUCAUGUGGGACAACGGUUUGGAGACGGCAAUCUGUGAUUCCUUUUCUCAAAAAGAGAGGAAUCACUUAUUACGAUCCGCAGAGAAGUUUUUGGAGUGAAAACAUGAUUUAUGAAGAGUCCAUCGCUAAAGAGAGCUCAUCGCUGUUCUUAUUCGUCAUUGAUCCAGCCACGGUGAACGCUACAAGCUUCUUAGAGAUUGCCUACUUUGCCGCUCGAAAAUCCCCCAAACUCGUGGUCGUCUUUCUUGGAAAGACAGAGUGGGCAGAGAAAGCACAUCCCGACGACUUGCCAGAUAGAAAUCGGACAUGCCAAUUGCUGGAUAGAAUUCUGGAAUGCCAUCAAGUACCCAUGCUUCAUACGAUUCCCGAUGCUUUGGAAUUCAUUGAGGAGGAGAUGCUGGGACGACAAAGUUUAACGGAAGCUAUGAGAUCUAAGAACAACCGACUACCAUACCUCCAGAUCAGGGCAAGGAGAGUUGUACGGAACGUAAAAAGUUUAGCUGCUCAAACCAUCAAAGUUUGCAAAAACUACGCCACAAAAACUGUUGUAACAGGGCUCAUCGAUUUAACCGUACUACUGUCAAUCUCGUUUGCCUUCCCAGCACUGCCCCUAUUCUACAUCCUAGUACCUCUUCUCAUGUUGAAUAUCGUCUUUUUUGGAGUGAUAUACAAAGUCCAAGAGCUUCGAAAAAGGUAUCCAAGAAUGAUCGCCGACUCAUCUGCAGUUAUGUACCACGCGACAGCAGCGAUUCCAUCCCCAAGAGUGACCCUUAAAGCAACAAAUGUCAAUGGAACCAUUAGUUCGAAAACGUUGGUUCGGCGGAGGUCGAAGCAAAAUUUCGAGAAGUUCUUCCCGGACGACAGUGGUGCAUCAAGCUUCAUUGUGCCAAGCUCCUUUCUUCCAAAACAACAUGAAACCAAAGUUAACAUUGACUGCUCCGUUGUUGAGUUGUGCUCAAGCUCUCCGGAUGAUAACAGUUGGGUCCAAGAACUAGCAGCACCUACUUUAGACGGGAAGGGUACUCCUUAUUCCUACGUCUUAGCUACUCCAAAUUUUCAACUGGACAAUCGCAUGAAUUGCCUGCGAACCUGGUUCCAUCACCAUAAGAAGUUCUUCUACUACAUUCCGUCAACAACAACCUUCCUCUCAGGAAUGGUCGAGAUCGCAUACAUUCUUGGCCACACAAACUGGGAAGGCACUGUCUGCGUGCCGGCAACAUCUCAAAUUUUGGAGGGUCCUGACGAUAUGACAGCUGAUGAAAAAGACCAUGCCAGAGCCGCCAGACGGCGUCGCAACGAUUGUUAUCAAAUCGCUUUUUGUUAUCUCAAGGAUAUGGCGAAACGUCGUCAAUGCCGUGUAUUCACUGAUAUCGGAGUUGCUGUCAAAGCCCUUGUCGACCCAGCGAUUCGAGGUGUCUAAACCGCCUCCUUCACACACACAUCUGCAUUUACUUUAGACCAUCUACCCACAUUUCUCAUUCACUCAUCUGAUCGUCAAAAUUUCACUUAAAGUUCAAUACAAUCAGUUAGACGCGAAUACUUUCUCAGUGUUCGGCAUUUGCUGAAAAACGCUGAUACUCAAAAACGGUUCAUCCUGUCUCUCUUCCUCUCAACGACUACUAUAUCAUUGUAUUUUAAGAAAAGAGUUUUAUUUUCUAUACAUGUAAUAUUUAUAUAUUUUUUGUAUUUUUUCCCCUUGCAUUAGUGUUAUGCAAAAUGUAUUAUCACAGUUUAGACAAAGUUAAAUUUUAUUAUUUUUUUUUUAAUAUUUUCAAUAUUUUUUUGGUAUAACAUCUCAGUUUCGAAACUCAAUCCAAGCAAUAAUUUGUUAUUUUUUCAAAUAGACGAUUUAACCUCUUAAUAUGACGUUUCGAGUAUCCCAAUUUUCUGUGUUACACGAUUUUUUUUCAUUAUUUUUCAAAUUCCCACCCCUCCUACAUUUCUUUUUCCCAAUGAUAGGGAACAUCUCUCACUGGUACGUACACUUCAUUUUUUAUCUGUAUUUUUGCUCCAAAGACAAACCCCCUUCUUCGUCCUCAAGCUUUAUUAAUUUCCAUGUAUUUUGCAACGGCAUAAGAUAUAUGAAAAUAUUUUUU